CUUCUCCUCCUAACCCAUCAUUCAUUCACUCAUCGUUCUCUCUCUCCCCUCCCAUCCCCACCACCUCCUAAAAUUACAGAGCUACCACUGCCUCACACUUCCAUGGCCACUCUCCUACCUCUCCAAUUCCGAAAAUGCCCCUCCCCUCCUCCACCCAAACUCCACCGCAGUCACCACCUCCAUGCCCCUACUCUCGCUCUGCGCUCCAAGUCCCGCCUCCUCUCCUCCAUUUCUUGGAAGCUUAGGGUUUUCAGCUCCAUUUAUUGCCUUUGCAAGUCCAAUUCUGAUGUCCAAAGCGUUUCGGGUCAGGAUGAGCUUCAGCGCCCUCCCUUCGAUAUCAAUCUCGCUGUCGUCCUGGCCGGUUUCGCCUUCGAAGCCUAUACCAGCCCACCUGAAAAUGUUGGGAGGCGUGAGGUGGAUGCAGCGGAUUGUACAACGGUGUUUCUUUCAGAGUCUUUUGUACGUGAGCUAUAUGAUGGGCAGUUGGUGAUAAAGUUGAAAAAGGGUCUUGAUUUUCCUGCUAUGGAUCCAUGGGGAACAAGUGAUCCAUAUGUGGUCAUACAAUUGGAUGGGCAGGUUGUGAAGAGCAACGUCAAAUGGGGGACAAAAGAGCCAACCUGGAAUGAGGAGUUCUCUUUAAAUAUCAAGCUACCCCCAACCAAAAACCUUCAGGUUGCAGCUUGGGAUGCCAACCUUGUAACUCCACAUAAACGCAUGGGGAAUGCAGCCAUCAGUCUGGAAUGCCUCUGUGAUGGAAAUUUGCAUGAGGUGCUGUUCGAAUUGGAAGGAAUGGGGGGUGGGGGGAAAAUAUUGCUGGAGGUUAAGUACAAAAGCUUCAAGGAAAUUGAUGAAGAAAAAAACUGGUGGAAGGUCCCCUUUGUUUCAGAAUUUCUUAGAAAAAAUGGUUUCGAGUCUGCUAUGAAAAUGGUUCUUGGCUCUGAGACAGUGCAAGCACGCCAGUUUGUACAACAUGCUUUUGGGCAAUUAAGUUUGUCCAAUGAUGCCUACCUUCAGAAGAAUCAAUUUUCAAACAUUGACAAAUAUGAAAGGGAAAGCACUGAGUCCAAAAGUUCUGUCCUUGUAUCAGACACGCCUCCACAACUGGAGAGUAGUCUUGAUGGCUCCUUAAAUGACACAAGCUCCAUGGAUGGUAGCAAUUUGCAGGAUUUUGGCAGUAAUAAUGCUGGUAAGGAUAAUGGAAAUGUUUUGUCAGUAGUCCCACAAAUUGGUGACAGAAUGCAGUCAGACAAAUAUUUUUGGAAUAACUUUGGUGAUCUAAUAAAUCAAAGUGUUGUUCAAAAGCUUGGUUUCCCUGCUCCUGAGAAAAUAAAUUGGGACGGAUUUGACUUAUUAAAGGGAAUUGGCCUGCAAUCAAGAAGGAUUGCAGAAGCAACUUAUAUUGAGUCAGGGCUUGCAACUCCAAAAAGUCAGGAUGUUGUUGAUGAUGGUGAUGAUACAACUGGCCCACUUAAUUUUAGCACAAUUCAGUCUUCACUUCCAGAUAUUAGGAAGGCAACACAGGAUAUAAUGAGUCAAACUGAUUCCAUUUUAGGAGCAUUAAUGGUUCUGACUGCGGCAGUUUCACAAUUAAACAAGGAAGGACGUCUUUCAGGAAAGGAUGAAACCAAAGAAAAUGAUUCUAACAAGAAGGAAGAUGAUGUCUCAGAAUAUUUCAGGAUUGAAAAGUUUUCUGGCUCACAAGAGGGGUCAGUGGUUGAUGAAAGGAAAGCUGAGGAGAUGAAGGCUCUCUUUUCAAAGGCAGAAACUGCCAUGGAGGCAUGGGCGAUGCUUGCCACUUCACUGGGCCAUCCUAGUUUGAUUAAAUCUGAGUUUGAAAAAAUAUGUUUCUUGGAUAAUCCGUCCACAGAUACACAGGUGGCAAUUUGGCGUGAUUCUGCGCGCAGAAGAUUAGUUGUUGCUUUCAGGGGAACAGAACAAGCAAGGUGGAAGGACUUACGAACUGAUUUAAUGCUAGUUCCUGCCGGGCUAAAUCCUGAACGAAUAGGUGGGGAUUUCAAGCAAGAAAUUCAAGUUCAUAGUGGUUUUUUAAGUGCCUAUGAUUCUGUCCGGACAAGAAUCAUCUCACUCAUUAAAUUGUUGGUUGGUUAUAUAGAUGAUGGUAGGGAGAUGCAGCUCAAAUGGCAUGUGUAUGUGACUGGUCAUAGUUUAGGUGGUGCAUUAGCCACCCUUCUUGCGCUUGAGCUUUCAUCAAGUCAAUUGGCAAAGCGUGGGGUAAUUUCUGUGACUAUGUAUAACUUUGGAUCUCCUAGAGUUGGAAACAAAAGAUUUGCUGAAGUUUACAAUGAGAAAGUUAAAGAUAGUUGGAGAGUUGUAAAUCAUCGAGAUAUUAUACCUACAGUUCCCCGCUUGAUGGGUUACUGCCAUGUUGCUCAACCUGUUUACCUAGCAGCUGGAGAUAUAAGAAAUGCCUUGGAAAACAUGGAGCUUUUGGGAGAUGGUUACCAAGGUGAUGUGAUUGGAGAGUCAACACCUGAUGUUCUUGUUAAUGAAUUUAUGAAAGGUGAAAAGGAACUUAUUGAAAGAAUAUUACACACCGAGAUAAAUAUUUUCCGCUCAAUCAGAGAUGGAAGCGCGCUUAUGCAGCAUAUGGAGGAUUUCUAUUACAUUACACUGCUGGAGAAUGUGAGAUCAAAUUAUCAAAUUGUUGCGAGGUCACAAACCACUGAAGAAGACAGCUUGUCAAUCAGCUAAGAAGUCUGUGAUUAUAAGAAGAUUAUUAUUCAUCAUUUCAUGAAUCAUUCCCUUUUUCGAUGGAUGGGUGAGCAUGGGGCGCAGGCAUUUAAGAAGUAAACUUCAUUGAAGGUGAAAGAGAAGGAUAAGACAGUCUUUGAGGAAAGACUGCAAGAAAAAGGACAGGCACUAAAAUAAAAAUAAGAAAUCAAGGAAUUUUAACCUCUACACCCUGAGAAACAGAGACAAUCUCAAGGCAAGUAGAAACCCCUUGUAAACAAUUUUCUGUAAUGGUUCCAUAUAUUUGCUGUCUUUGUGCAA